CACUCUUCGCGGUGUGUACCACUCUGCACCUCAUGUGCUCGCUUUUGAUCCACUCUACCCCGGCAUAUCAUCCCCUCUUGGGCCGUGGUGGCACUCCCAAGGACACACUUGUCACAUUUUACGUUUGUUUUGGUUUUUUUCGGUGGAGCGGGAAAAUUUUCGCGCUUUAAUUUGGUGCUAUUGUUCUUAAGUGCAAUUUUUUGUGAUAUUAUUUUUAAUUAGGUGAACUUCCACGAUGAACUUCUCCACGUUCGGUGUGGGCGUACCUUUAUCUGCUGCCCUCCCGGUGGCCACUCAGUUUUCCGCUGGGAAACUAACGCAAAGCGUGACUACUCCGAACGGACAAGUGGUCGGCGUGCUCCAAGGAGGGGAGAAUGGCGUCCACUACAUCAGGCCGCUGGACGCCAACGCGUUCGCCACCGCCACCACCCAAGGCCAGAAUUCCGGCCAGACGCAAACCCUCAUCACGUUACCGAUCACCAUGCCCGGAGCGAAGCCGGGGGAUCCACAGCAGCAUGUACAGAUACAAGUUGUGAAUCCUGUGCAGACGCAGGUAUCUCAAGCAAACUCGGGGGACUCUCCUAAGUACCAUAUAUCUCCUGUGCCGUUACAGACUUUUGGUCAGGGGGCGACUGUGCUGACGGUGGCGUACAAUCCGAACCAAGAGGGCAUCCAGAUCGUGGAUGGUCAAAAUGGAAUCACUGAAGGUAUGACAGUAGUGGCAGCUCUUCAGCCGCAAGACAUCCAACUAAUCCAAGCGGAACCCGACAAGAAUGGCAAAGAAGUAACUCCAGUCGCUUUAAUAAAAAACGAAAUAACGUCGAACAAAGAUGAUGAGAACAGUGAAGCCGGCACCUCGGUAACCGCCAUCCCCGCCCAAUAUCUUCAAAACGCUAGCGUCCAGGAGUAUUUGCAAAAAAUGCAGCAACACAGCACACUACCUUUGAGUCUUCAACAGUUUCUAAAAUUCAAUAAUCCCGAAAUCAAGAGGGAGCAGAUCACUGACGAAGGUGUGAUCGAGGCCAUCAACAUUUCUGCGGAGGAUCAAGAACACCUAAUUCUGAACGAAGUGGAGGGCGAAAUGGAGACUGAAGAAAACGUGGAUGAUCCCGAUAAGGGCAAGAAAAAGAAGAAAUAUAAGAAGAAACCUCCAAAGCCAAAGAAGCCGAAGCCGGGACAAGUUCACAUCGCCACGGCAUUGGAUGGGACGACGUUGUUUUGCUGUCCGGAGUGUCACAUGGCUUAUCCCGAGAAGGAGUUGUUGGAGCAGCAUUUGGUGGGGCAUAAAAUCGAAAGGCGGUUUAUUUGUGACAUUUGUGGGGCAGGAUUGAAACGCAAGGAACAUUUGGAGAGACAUAAGUUAGGACACAAUCCCGAAAGACCUUUUGUGUGUUCAGUGUGCAUGAAGGGGUUCAAACGGAAGGAACAUUUGAAUCUUCAUUUUGUUAUACAUUCAGGGGAGAAGACGGAAAUUUGUGGGGAAUGUGGGAAAGGGUUUUAUAGGAAAGAUCAUCUUAGGAAGCAUGCGAGGUCGCAUAUAACGAGGAGAGCGAAAGAACAAGCCGAAAGGAACCAAAACAUUCUAAUAAAGGAACCUACGACCACGACGCAGGUGACAAUACAGGUACCAACGUCACAAAUGCAAAUCCCUGUACAAAUACAGGUGCCCCAACACCAUAUUCAAGUUACUGCAAAUUCGGAAGAAGAUGGCAGUCAAGUUAGUACAGUGGUCUUGCCAACGGCAUCAGAGGGUAUCAUUUUGCCCCAGAAUUGAAUAAACUGUAACGGUUAGGUACUAUUAAGUGAUCUUAAUGAACGUUGUUGAAACAUUUUUUAUAAUGAUGUAUAUAUUAUAUGGACAUAUAUUCAUAUUUAUUCUCUAUAUACUAUUUAAUUCGAUAAUUAUUGUGUAGUUUGUUAAAAGCCCUAUAAUCGGUUGCUUUGGCCAAAAAAGAUCUGACACAAGUAAAUCUCAUAUUUGAGAAGUUGUUGCACGUAUAGGGCUACAUUGUUUGAUCAAAUCAGCUUUUGAGUUAGUCUGCUCUGUAUUUUUUUUUAUUCGUUGUUGUAAAUUGCUCUAAUAUUUUUUAAUUUAUGAAUACAGUAUUAUGGUUAAUGAGUCAUCAGACUAACUAAAUAAGUAUGGGAUUUUUUUUCUGGAAAUUAGUUGCAAUAUAACAGUACAAACGUACAAUUCAGCCGCAUAAAAGUUUAAGAAACAGUUAAUUAACAAUAAUUUUUAUGGAAAAGACACUUUGACUCUCUUAAUAUAUUGAAUUAUUGCAGAUUUAGUUGUACAAAACGAGUAUGUGGUCUUUUUUUAGAUUAGUCGGUUUUGGGGAUAAUUUUAUUUGUGAAGUUUGAGCGUUGUAACUAUAGUUUGCUUUAAAUCGCAUUGUAAUUUAUCUAUUUAUAUUUUUGGGAAAGUUGGUUAUAAAUAUGUCUUGGUUAUUCUAUUUUUUACAUUUAUAUUUAUUUUUAAGUAAUAAACUCUCAUGCAACUUGGUUUUGUAUUAUAAAUCACAGCCAAGCAAUAACAUAAAAUCAAGCAGGAUCUUUCUUAAACUGCUCUAACUGAAUAAUUUUAAUAACUUUUCUAAAACUUUGUCUCAACAAUACUAAACGACUAGCAGAAAUGCUGGCCGACCCUUUACAGACGUAAAAUAGGUUUUCUAUUUAAAUACUGUUACUGGUUUUGUGUGAGAAUUUAUUAGAGAGUUUACUACUGGGAUAAGUCAGAAGACUGCGGUUAAAAUUUGAAGAAUUCGACUAUUGAUUGUGAUCCAUUGUAGGACAUACGUAAUUUAGUUUAACUGAUCGAGAAUGUUAAAACUUCGGGAACGAAUGUUGAAAUUUUACUGUACCUAUUUUUUUAUACAACUGACAUUUCAUUACAUUACAUACAAAUAAAAAUGUUUCUUUUUUA